AAAAAAUCCGUUAAUAUUUGAAUUUCUGAGCAAAAAUAUUUUCUACGUCUUGAAGUUGACUGCGUUCUGGAUAUAAAGCUUCAGGGUUGUCUGAAAUCAGCUUUCGAUUUUCUUAAUUCUUCAUGAUUGUUAACUUUCAAAUAGACUAGCUUGUCAAACUAGACUGAGUCACACGUGGUAUACAAGAUCCCAAAUCCCAAACCUCAAAAAUAACAUCCAUAACUCCUUAAAUAAAAACAAAUUCAUGCAUUAAUCGUGUCCAAAAAUACAUCCACAACAUCCCUGAGCACUACAGAAGUAAAGAAAAUAACAAGUAGUCAAAUUUCCUAAAAAUAACCAAUUUAAAUCUAAUGUCAACUGCUGAAAUUGUUAAAUGAUUUCAAGAGUGUUUAGUUCCUUGCCAAAUAGAGUUUCACAAUCAGCUACUGCUGCUUAUUUCACAUACAAAUCUUGGAGACAAAACGGAUACAGAGGCUGUCAUAGCAAUAAAACUUCUGUUAUAAUGGCUGAUAUUACUGUCCGUAUUUUACCUGCUUUGUCCGAUAAUUACAUGUACUUGAUAGUCUGCAAUCAAACGAAGGAUGCGGCAAUUGUUGAUCCAGUAAAUCCUGAGACAGUCAUAGAAGCUGUUAAUAAGGAAGGAGUUAAUCUUAAGUCUGUAUUAACGACUCAUCAUCAUUGGGAUCACGCAGGUGGUAAUGAGAAGCUUUUAUCGCUUUUUGGUAAGCCACUAACAGUUUAUGGAGGAGACGAUCGUAUUGGUGCAUUGAAUAAGAAAGUAAAGCAAGACGAUGAAUUUAUGAUUGGAAACCUGAAAGUUCAAUGUAUUUUUACGCCAUGUCAUACGACCGGUCACAUUUGUUAUUAUAUUCAAUCGCCGGCUAGUGAUCAAAAAAUGGUCUUUACCGGUGACACUCUAUUUCUUGGUGGUUGUGGACGGUUCUUUGAAGGAACUGCUGAUCAAAUGUAUUCUGCCUUAAUUGAAAAGCUAUCGAAUUUACCUGACGAUACGCAAGUUUUCUGUGGUCACGAAUAUUCACUUGGAAAUUUGAAAUACGGAAAUCAUGUUGAGCCUGACAACAAGGAUAUUCUAGCUAAGAUUGAAUGGUCUAAAAUUAAACGUGAAGCAAAUGAACCAACUGUUCCAUCAACCAUUGCUGAGGAGAAGCUUAUUAAUCCAUUUAUGAGAGUCAAUAGCGAAUCAGUUCAAACAUUCGCAAACGCUGUUGGAAAUCCUAUUGAGACAAUGACUUAUAUUCGCAAAAUCAAAGAUUCUUUCAAGUAAUUGAUUAUCAUCCUAUUUUGGAAUUUAUUGUAAUUAUGUUUGGUUUUGGGGAAAUAAAGUAUAAAGCAUGAAUGGGUUGUGAACUUUUU